CCCGAAGGUCCGCACUGCCUCUUACUACCUCGUCACCAAUUAAAGUGCAGCCUUGUGUAGUCUGAAGCUCCUUUCGCUUGCGGCUCAGGUUAUCGCGUUGCACCCUUCACAAGCGUCUGGAUUUGCUAUACUUUGCUGAAAGCUACAGAGAGCCUUCGCCCAGCCCAGCGGCUGCGGGGCCCCUGGGCCGGAAAUGUUCUAUUACCUGACCCUUAACAAGUCAAUUGACAUCCAUCCUAAACACUUUGGACCUAAGCUUCGAGAGGUCAUUCGUGAAAAGCUUAUUGCAGAGACUGAGGGUACCUGUACGGGCAAGUAUGGCUACGUGGUCGCGGUGACGAAGGUCGAUGACAUUGGCCGGGGCCGUAUCCGUCAGGACCAGUCCGGAUUCGCCACCUUCGAUGUGACGUACGGCUGCAUUGUGUGCCGGCCGUACAAGAAGGAGGUGCUUGAUGCGGUCGUGACCUCCGUGAACAAGAUGGGCUUCUUCGCCCAGGCGGGGCCGCUGCAGCUCUUCGUGACACAGCACCUGAUCCCGGAGGAGUUCGAGUUCGACUCCUCCGGCGACAGCAGCUGGGUGUCGGUGGACCAGACCACACACAUACAGCCCGGGACACACGUGAGGGUGCGGAUCCUGGGUAUCAAGUACGACCCGACGGAAGUGUUCUGUAUCGCCACAAUGAAAGAUGACUAUCUGGGAGUGAUUGGCAGCGACUUCGCGUGAGGAGCCACCUGGGCCCCGGGGUGGAGGGGGCUGAGGGGGUCGGGAGCGAGGAGCGAGACAGUCCCUGCCUAGGAGGGUGACUGGAGGUUUGGAAGGGAGCAGGGGCUGCCGGCGAGGACGGGGGGAGGGGAAGGAGGAUGUGGAAAGUGCUUGGCGCUGCUUUGUCGUGAUGCUGUGUUGCGGGUCCUGGGCCCGGUCUGAAUGCGGCCGUAGUUCUCUCGGAGGUCUGGGGGACCACCUGGGAGGGGCACAUCGCGUUCAUGCGCGCCGAGCCCAGGCGAAAGGGGGGUUGGGGGAGGAUGUGAACGUCCUCGCUCGGCGCCACAAGAAGGCUGCUGACCUUCCACAGGGCCUCCCCUCCGGCUUUUGUGGACGGGCUUCCCCCCCGCAUUUGUACGGAACUUGUAACUUGUAAUGCACAUUGUUGUUUUC